AAGCAAGUCGCACACCAGCGACCUCUUAUGUUCAGUACCAUGGACAGAGAUGAGCAUCUAUCUAUCUAUCUAUCUAUCUAUCUAUCUAUCUAUCUAUCUGUCUGUCUGUCUGUCUGUCUGUCUAUCUAUUUGUUGGCAAUAAGACUUCAGUCCACGCUUGUUUAUUUAUUUCUGCUGCAAUGUCUUUUUCCGUCUCUAAGUGCCGCUGUUGGUUAGUGUGAAGAAAAUAAUGCCCUUUUCAUGACUGACGUCCUCCCUAGUCUGCCUGAUGCGUUAUGCGUUAUUAGAGCUCUGUUUUAAUCAGAACUGUAGCAUCAGAAAGGCAGCCACACAGCAAUGAGCUCUUAAGCAAAUAUUUGGUCGGGUUUUGACGCGGUUUGUUUUUCCGUUCGGUUUUUUCCGAUGACUGUCGUCGCGAUGAGUGUUCUUUGUUGUGUGGCCGGAAAAAAACCCUUCCCUUGGUUUCCGCUGGUUCUUUGCGUUUGUGUCGCUGAAAUGGCUCUGGGACAGGUUCGUUAUUCUAUACCUGAGGAGAUGACGACAGGCUCGGUUGUCGGGAAUAUCAUUCAGGACCUGGGCUUGGAUGUGAAGCGGCUGAAAUCUGGGCGCGCCAGGAUAUUUACCGAAGACGGCAGUGAGUACAUCGGUCUGAAUGCAGAAAAAGGAACUCUGAUAGUGGCUAAAAGAAUAGACAGAGAAGACUUGUGCAAGCAAGUGUCUCCCUGCUCUCUCCAUUUCCAAAUCAUCCUAGAAAAUCCGAUGGAGUUGCAUCGUAUUGACGUAGAGAUAACAGAUAUUAAUGACAACGCUCCGUUCUUUCCGAAAAAGGAAUACAAUUUCCAGGUUAUUGAAUCUGCCUCACCAGGCGCUCGCUAUCCGCUUGAGAGUGCCAGAGACCCCGAUGUAGCGCAGAACACAAUUCAAACAUACAAACUCAACCCUACGGAACAUUUUAAAUUGAAUGUUGUUUCUAGACCUGAUGGUUCAAAAUAUAUUGAAAUGGUUCUUCACACCCCGCUUGAUAGAGAAAAACAAGAAGAGCAUAAAUUAACUCUGAUGGCAUUUGACGGUGGCAAUCCUCAGAAAUCAGGCUCUGUCAAAAUAAACGUCGGGGUUUUGGAUGCAAAUGACAAUGCACCAAUAUUCAGCCAGUCUGCUUACAGAGUAACAGUACCUGAAAACGCGUCCAGGGGUACUGUUAUUUUAACAGUCAGUGCCACUGAUAAUGAUAAAGGAGCAAACGAGGAGGUGGUGUAUUCGUUUUCCCAACACACGGAUGGUGCAUCGUCUUUGUUUCAUAUGGAUCCUCACACGGGGGAAAUGACUGUAAUUGGAGUGUUAGAUUAUGAAAAAGCUAAACAUUAUGAAAUAGAUAUUAAGGCUACAGACAAAGGAGGGCUGACAGACACAAGUAAAAUCCUUAUUGAGGUGACAGAUCUCAAUGAUAACGCCCCUGUCAUAAGCGUGAUUUCCCUCUCCAAUCCCAUAGCAGAGGAUUCGGCUCCAGAUACUGUGAUAGCAAUGCUCAACAUCAAAGACGUGGACUCGGGUAAAAAUGGCCAUGUUAGGUGUUUUAUUAGCCCAGAUUUGCCCUUCAAAAUCAAGUCAUCGUCGACUAAUUUUUACAGCCUCAUGUCUGACGACGUUUUGGACCGUGAAACGGUGUCGGAAUAUAAUAUCACAAUAACAGCAACGGACGAGGGCUCCCCUCCUUAUUCUACAAACAAAACUAUUAAUUUAAGACUGUCAGACGUGAACGAUCACGCCCCAGUGUUCCCACAACCAUUUUUGACCGCCUUCAUCCCUGAAAACAAUUCACCUGGCAUGUCACUCCUCUCUGUCAAAGCCAGUGAUAAAGACUCUGGGAACAAUGCGCGCAUUUCAUAUUUCCUUGAAGAUAGCCAACUAAAUGGGCUUUCAGCCUCUGCUUACUUUUCGGUGAAUGCAGAGAGUGGAGAGAUACUUGCUGUACGUUCCUUUGACUAUGAGCAAACAAAAGAGUUCCGUAUUCGAGUCAGAGCUCAGGAUGGAGGCUCCCCUCCUCUCAGCAGUAACGUGACAGUGAAAGUCCUGAUCCAGGACAAGAACGACAACCCUCCUCAGGUCCUGUACCCAGUCCAGACCGGCGGCUCUAUGGUGGCCGAAAUGGUGCCUCGUUCAGCAGAUGUGGGCUACCUGGUGACUAAAGUGGUGGCUGUUGAUGUGGACUCUGGGCAAAAUGCGUGGCUGUCGUAUAAACUGCAGAAAGCCACAGACAGGGCGCUGUUUGAAGUGGGCUUACAGAAUGGAGAAAUAAGAACUAUCCGCCAAGUGACUGAUAAAGAUGCUGUGAAACAAAGACUGAGUGUUAUAGUGGAGGACAACGGGCAGCCCUCUCGUUCAGCUACAGUCAUUGUUAACGUGGCGGUGGCGGACAGCUUCCCUGAAGUGCUGUCGGAGUUCACUGACUUUGCACACGACAAGGAGUACAAUGACAAGCUGACUUUUUACUUAGUGUUGGCUUUGGCUGUGGUUUCCUUCCUGUUCAUCACGUGUUUGGUGGUUAUUAUAUCAGUGAAAAUCUACAGAUGGAGACGCGAGCGCCUGUUUUACAAAUCCAGCGGGAAUCUUCCGGUUAUUCCUUAUUACCCGCCCCUUUACGCAGACGCAGGAGGUACCGGUACACUGAAGCAGGCGUUCAGUUAUGAGGUAUAUGGAACUGCUGACUCCCGGAAGAGUGAUAUGAAGUGCCCCCGACCGUUCAGUCAGAGCACUCUGAGUGUUGACCAUAGUGCCACCAGGACAGUGCCAAGACAUAAGACAGAGUCAGAGAAUGUGCUCACAGAGGUGAGAUCAGCCUCUUCACUUCCGAUUCAGAACCUUUUUCCCAUACUUUUUGUUUUACGUUUCUGUUUUUUUGUCAUGUUUAACCACUGCUCACUCACUAUUUAGAUAGCUCUGAUAUAGUAUACCUGUUAUAAGCACUCAGUGAAGGAUUUACUUUGUUUCAGACUAUUCUUAUUGCGUGAAAAGUAGCAGCUGCAUCUAACAAUAUUCUGUAUGUUUGGAUCUUCUGCUGUUGUAUUUCACUCUGUAUUCAACAGCCAUUGAUUAUUGUUUCAUGCAGGUAUCUCCUGCACAUGGUCCAACACCACUGUUGACUUUGUAGCAUGAUUUAUGCAGAGUAUCUACCUUUGAGGUUUCAUAUGUUUUUGUAAGGUACACUGUGUGAUGCUUGUUAAUUUUUCAUUAUGGCUCUACAUCUCACAAUAUAGAUUUUAUUUUUGCUCCAUUUAUUUCCUUUCUUUCAUACUGAGUCAUUUAUAUAAUAGUUUAUUUAUAUAAUUUAUAAAAUAGUGCUGGCAAUUUUCUGAAACAACUUUCAUUGAAACAUGAUUUUAUGGGCAGACAAACCAGAUAAAACUGUGCAUAGUUGCUUAUGAUUCAAUCAGUUUGGGCUUUGACAGACUGAUUUAUACUUUAUGUGUCUUCAUUCUGUAUGUGUAUGACAAACUUCCUGGCUUUCAUCCUUGCUAAAGCAUCACUACAGAUUUCUCCCACACAGAGACACACAACCACGCAGUGCACUUUUUUUUCACUGACCUAGUUCCCUAUAACGCCUUGCAGCCAUAGACAUAGGACUACAUGUAUGGAGAAAUGUAGCAGGGAUGGACACAAGCAAGCUAUAACACAGGGCAUGAUUUAAAUCAAAAUAAUACAAAGACUGACAUGCUGAUAUUGAUUAAGAGGUUGACAAUGUUGUAAAGGAGACGAGGAAACAGUCACUAAUGUUGCUGGGGAGAUUGAGAACGAGGGCGAAAAGCAGCAUGAAGGAGAGGCAGAGAGAGGCGGCGGGGGAGGGGAAGAGACACGUGGUAAACUGGCACAGUCUCACCAUCCCUGUGCAGCAUUUGUGUUAGUGAUGCACGGCAGCCAUUUUGAUGUGCGGUCUUCUUUGUCCACUGAGAUUGCGGGUUCAUCGAAGUUCUAUGUGUGAAACAGUUGUGUCAGGUAAAGAACAGGGACAGUGUGAGAUAUGUUAAGGAAAUAAAGGAAUCAAAGAAAAGAAGAGGAGAGAGAGAGAGAGAUCUACAUUAGUUACGUAACAGAUAACUAGGAGGAGAUGUCAGAAAUCAGAACAGAUGCUGAAUGUGUUUAAAUGGAAAGGAAACAGUGACAAAGGAAACAAAGUCUGUCAACAGAGUCUGUAAAAUAAUGAUUUUAAUCAGUAUCAUAUAAACUGCUAAAAAGAGUUACACACUAACAGACUAGAUCCACUACCUCUCAUAUGAGUCUGUUUGCAUUAUAUGGUGAAUAUGAAAUGUGUAUGUUGUGUUUUAAAAGUGACGAUGUGGACACAAAUUGCCUGUCUGUGAGGGAAACAAAGGUGUGUGUUUAAUGCUGUCUUUUCAGUUUAGUGAGAAUAACACAUCUUCAGAUAUAAUGCCAUGUAAAGCUCAGUUUGAAGA